AUGGAAUUCACAGGAAGUAACUUCCUUCGACUUCGACUAGCGUUGAGUAUGAUAAGUGGAAAAGCCAUAACUAUUAAGAACAUAAGGAAAAAAAGAAAAAACAGAAAAUUAGGAAGAAGUGAUGACAAGGUCAUAGAUGAAAAAGAAGGACUUCGAGAAUAUGAAGCUAAGUUGUUGAGACUCAUUGACAAACUGUGUGAUGAUACAACAAUUAGGAUUAAUGAAGAUGGAGAUGAACUGUACUUCAAACCAGGAUUUUUAAUAGGGAACGUAAGUGAUGAAAUCAGAAUAAGUGAUUUGCACAACACAUUCCACUGUGGAAAGGAAAGAAGUAUUACAUACUUUAUAGAAUUUCUUCUUAUGAUAAUUCCAUUUUUUAAAUAUCCGGUUAAAUUGUUACUAAAAGGAAUAACAGAUGAUUCUAUUGAUAGCACUGUCUAUACAUGCAAAACUGUGAGUGAAAAUUUUUUUAAAAAUGUUUUAAAACUUGAUGAUAACUUUUUAAAUAUUACUAUUUUAAAAAGAGGAAUAAAAUCUGACUGUUCAGGUGAAGUUUUAUUUUUUAUGAACAAUCUUAAGACAAUAGAACCCUUCGACAUAAAUGAAGCUGGGUUAGUUAAAAAAAUAACUGGAACAAUUGUUUCCCAUCAGAUAUCCGUUGUGUUCAGAAAUAAAUUAAUGAAUAUUGCCAAAAAAAAUCUACAUAACUUUACCCCACACGUAAAUAUACAAGUAGAAAAUUCAAAUAUCAAAAAUUCAAAUUUGAAAAAUCAUUUCAUUUCUCUGUCCCUUUUUGCUCACACGAAGAACAAAUGCAUUUAUGCCACUGAUAUGUGUAUUGAUGAAUUUUACUUUAAGCAUGCAAAGGACUCUUUGACUUUCAUAAAGCUAGAUAAUAUAAGUAAUGGCCUUCCCAAGGCCGAUGUAGCUCAUAUUGGGGGAGAACUGGGGACAUGGGAAGAAUCUAUGGAAAAAAAUCAAAAUGGCGAUGAAAACGAUGGUGAUGAUGAUGAUGAAGAAGAUGACGAUGAUGAUGAUGAAAACGAUGGUGAUGAUGAUGAAGAUGACGAUGAUGAAGAAGAAGAAGGUGAUGAUAAUGAUGAUGAAAGCGACGAUGUGUCGAACAAGCCACGCACUAAGCAGCAGAGAAACAUGAUUCCCAAGAGUGACACGAAUAGCAGCGCACGAAAAAAAUGCAUCAUUCAAAAGUGUGAAUAUAAUAAUACUUUGCAUGAUGCAGAUAUAUAUGAAAGACUAGGAUUUUUUAUUUCUUUAAAAAUGAUAAAUGAAAUAAAAGGAUUACCCUCAGUUGACACAAAAUACCAGUGGUUACCUUUGUUAUACAUGGCAUUAGGAAAUGACAUUGCUGUUUCGAAAAUUUCUUUAAGAAUUAUAAAGCCAUAUUCUGUUGCCCUUAUUAGAUUGUUACGAGAUUUUUUCAGUGUUGUGUUUGAUGUUAAGAAAGUAGAAAAAUCACCAAUUGAUUACUCAUAUCUUAUCAAGUGUGUAGGCAUAGGCUAUCGUAACAUUUCCAAGAAAACAUUUUAG